UUGUCUUUCAAGUCGACAUUUAACCAAAGUGACAAACACCAAAAGAAAACCGACUUUUAACUUGAAAGCUUUACUUGCAGUUUAUAAAGAUGAACAAGAUGGUCUACCUCGGAUGUUUGGCUCUUGCCUCAUGUAUCGGUAUGGCUGUCGGUUAUGGAAGCGUUAUGACCGGGCACAAACAGAUCACAGCUUACCCUUACAUGGCAAACAUGGGUUAUGGGUAUGUUCCCUACAUGGCGGGAUCUUCAGGAUUCGGAGGUUUUCUUGGCGGCGCUGGAGGAUCGACUGGUGGCAUGGAAGGAAUCUUUGGAAACAUAAUGCAAUUGUUUAUGUUUAUUUUUGUUAUCAACAUCUUGUUCUCGAGCACUGGUCUCGGCUCUGGUGGUCUCAACAUUGGCAAGAAAUCCUCACACUAUGCCCCUGACUACGACUUCUACUAAAUAAGACAACA